AUGAGAUCGUUUAUCCAACUCGCCCCCUUGCUGGUCUCCAGUGUAGCAGGGGCUGCAAUUUCGCCCGCAGUUCGGGCAACUGCCGCCACCGCAGCUUCAGUAAACCCAUUUUCUGGAUAUCAGCUGUACGCCAAUUCAUUCUAUGCAUCCGAGGUCGCAGCCGCUUUGCCCUCGAUGACAGGUACCGCCAAAGCUGCUGCAAGCUCGGUUGCUAGUGUUCCAUCCUUUUAUUGGCUGGACACUGCAGCCAAAGUGCCGACUAUGGGCACCUUCCUGGCUGAUAUCAAGGCCAAGAAUGCGGCGGGUGCCAACCCGCCUAUUGCUGGUGCCUUUGUUGUGUACGAUCUUCCUGAUCGUGACUGCGCUGCAUUGGCUAGCAAUGGAGAAUAUUCUAUUGCCAACGGUGGCGUUGCUAACUACAAGGCGUAUAUUGACGCUAUUCGCAAGGUGUUGGUUCAGUACUCUGAUGUCCAUACUAUCUUGGUGAUCGAGCCUGACAGCUUGGCUAACUUGGUGACCAACAUGGGCGUUUCCAAGUGUGCCAAUGCACAUGACGCAUAUUUGGAGUGCACUAAUUAUGCAGUGACUCAACUGAAUCUGGCUAAUGUGGCCAUGUAUCUUGACGCUGGACAUGCGGGAUGGCUCGGCUGGCCGGCCAAUCUAAGCCCAGCGGCUCAACUAUUCGCCAGCGUCUACAACAAUGCUGCAAAACCCGCAGCUCUUCGAGGCCUUGCAACAAACGUUGCCAACUAUAAUGGAUGGUCUCUGUCUACAUGCCCAUCAUACACUUCGGGCGACGCGAACUGCGAUGAGAAGAGAUAUAUCAACGCGCUUUAUCCACUCUUGCAGAGCGCAGGUUGGGAUGCGCGCUUCAUAACUGACACCGGUCGCAAUGGAGUCCAGCCCACCCAGCAAAAUGCUUGGGGCGAUUGGUGUAAUGUUAAAGGAACCGGGUUUGGUGUUCGGCCGACAACAAGCACCGGUGAUGCCUUGGCUGAUGCCUUCGUCUGGGUUAAGCCUGGUGGCGAGAGUGAUGGUACUUCGGAUAGUAGCUCGGCUCGGUAUGAUGCUCACUGCGGAUAUUCGGAUGCGCUUCAACCUGCGCCUGAAGCUGGGACAUGGUUCCAGGCAUACUUCGAGCAACUUGUUCAGAAUGCCAAUCCCUCGUUUUGA